CACGUGGCGCGGCCGUUGCGGAGGCGGCGGCGCCGAGGCGGAAGAUGGCUCAUGCGCUGCCUCUUCCAAUUCCCUGCCCCGUCCAGCUUGGAAGUGUCAAAGGCGACUCUGUGGAGGCUGAACUGCACGAGUAUGUCAGGCAAGGAAACUAUGUGAAAGUGAAGAAACUGCUGAAAAAAGGUGUUUUUGUGGACGCUGUAAAUUCCAUGGGCCAAACUUCUCUCUUCACUGCUGCCUUGCUGGGUCUCGGUAAAAUAGUGGAUGUGCUGUUGGAUUAUGGCUCUGAUGCUAAUCAUCGCUGUCACGAUGGAAGCACCCCGGUCCAUGCAGCGGCUUUCUCCGGAAAUCAGUGGAUUCUUAGCAAGUUAUUGGAUGAAGGGGGUGAUCUGAGAGUACACGAUAAAGAUGGAAGAAAUCCGCAGUGCUGGGCGAUGUCAGCUGGAAAAGAAAGCAGUGCUCAGAUGCUGGAAUUCAUCCAGCGUUGUGCGCUCCACAUGCAGGCUGCCCUUCAGAACUUCCCCGCUGAUCUGCUCCGGAAGGCUGGCUCAUCACAGGCGCUGGUCUGCAGCCCCUCCAGGUUUGGGGGGCUGGUUCAGGGGAAUGCUGACAGUCCUCUGGGUAGAUUUCUAAAAGGUGGAGCUAAUGCAGCCAAGAACAUUUUCAGCUUUGGUUUCGGGAAGUUUUACCUUGCAGGCAGCGGGCAUCCGGGGUACUUGGCAUCUCUCCCCAUUAUUGGCGAAAAAGACGUGGUUCAGGCAGAUGAUGAACCAACAUUUUCUUACCAUGUUGGACCGUACAUGAUGAUGACAAACUUAAUGUGGGGAGGCAGCAGAGUUACAGUGAAGGAACUCAGCUUUGAGCCCCACCAGAACUGUAGUAAGCUCCGUUUGGCUGAUCUUCUCAUUGCAGAGCAGGAGCAUAGUAGUAAACUCCGUCAUCCUCAUUUGCUACAGUUGAUGUCUGUUUGUCUGUCCAGUGAUUUGGAGAAAACCCGUUUAGUAUAUGAAAGGGUUAACUUUGGUUCUCUCUACAGCAUCCUGCAUGAAAGGCGUACAGAAUUCCCAGUACUGCACAUGGAGACGAUUUUACACGUGCUGCUUCAAAUUAGUGACGCUCUGCGUUUUCUACACUCCCGUGGGUUUAUCCACCGUUCACUUAGCUCCUAUGCGAUUCAAAUUGUUUCUUCUGGUGAGGCAAAGUUGUGCAACUUGGAAUACAUGAUAGAGAGCAAAGAUCAUGGAGAACACAGUGAUCUGACACGUAUUCCUGUCCCAGUGCAGCUGUAUAAGUGGUGCUCUCCUGAAGUAAUCCUUGAAAAAGUUGUCACGGUCAAAUCGGAUAUUUAUAGCUUCUGUACGGUAGUGCAGGAGGCCUUGACAGAGACCCCUCCCUGGAAAGGUCUUGAAGACUCAUCUAUUGAACAGCUCAUAAUUUCAGGACAACGGUUAGAAACAGACGUCAGGCUUCCUAUGCCCUAUUACAAUAUCGUAAACUCAGCGCUAGAACCUAAACAGAAGAACCGUUCUGUGAAACUUCAGGAUAUUCAGUAUAUACUGAAAAAUGACUUAAAGGACUUAACUAAGUUUCAAACUGGUCAUGCUGACGGACUCUCAAAAGCACAAGGGCCUACUGUUUUUGCAGAUGUGAACAUCUGUUUGACAUCAGCUUUUAGCUAUCAGAAGAGAAGACAGGAACUGCAGGGAGAAGAGAUAACCAAGGCCGACAGCUCUGCUGCCCCAAGACACUCUCAUUUUCCGGAGGAGAAUAGUGCUGUAGUGGACCAUGAGGCACCAACCGGUCCACAGCCAGUUGCGCACAACAAGAGUCCUGAUGUAGCUUCUGAACUCCCAGUGACCCUCAGUGUCAGCGAUGCGGAUGACAGCCUCUGUAGCUUUGAAAUCAAUGAAAUCUUUGCCAGUUAUCCAGAACUUCACAAAGACUUUCUGGAAGAAGGAGCUGGAUUAGGUGAAACUCUAAAGGAUGAAAAAGGGCAGCGAAAGGAAGAUGAGGCUGCUCUCAGAGACCCAUGUGCAUCGCCUGGAGUGCACGGUGAGGAAAAGCCACUUGAUGAGGAAGAUGAGUUUUUGGCGUCGGGUACAGAGUACGCUACGGAAGAGGAGGAGAGGAUAAGUGAGAUCUCUGACCUGUGCACGCUGGCGCAGGUGAGAAGAAUGAGUAGUCUGUCCCAAAACGAGCAAUACAUCAGCAAAUGUGUCCUCGAUUUAAAGAUAAUGCAAAGCAUGGUGCAGCAGGCAGCAGAUUCCCUGUGCAGAACAGAGAAGAAACUGGACAAAUUAGAGGCCACUGAAAAGCAAAAGAAGCUACUCCAGGAAAUUGGAAUGAAUCAGCUUUCUAAGCAAAUUGUUCAAGACAGACACUGGAACAGAUCUGAUGAUGCUUCCCAAAAUAUGAAUAACCCUUUUUCUGGAGUCAAUACUGUUUUAUGGAAGGCUGUGAGGCCACCAUCAAGUGUCUAUAUUCCACCACUGGUAACAUGUCAGGUGCAAGGAACACUGUGUGCGGACAGUUUCCAGGCUGCUUCAAAGGCAGCAAAGGAGAUGGAGGCAGUAAAAAAUGAAAAGUGGAAGUGUUUUCAUGAGAUGAGGACAAGUAAUAAUGAAAACAACCAUCAUGAUCUCAGUUUCAGUGUGGUGAAAAGCCUGGAUGAUCAAGGGAGCCUAGACCAUGAGCAUUUACUCCCACGCGUAUCUGGAAGAUGCAAAAAAAAGUUCAACUUGCAGUGUCAGAGAGGAGGUGAUUCACAUUCUGCAGCGAGUGGAAGUGAAGAAAAGUGGUGCUGUCCGAAAUCAAGAUCUGAAAUUUACAGUACAAAAAUAAGUGAGGAGGGAAGGCUGAUGCAAUCGGAAUGGAGGACUGAGGUAAAGCAAAUGGCCAGAAGAGUGGCCUCAGGACAACUAGAGCUCAGCUCUCCCUAUCCAGCUGGUGAAUGUACAUCCGAGAGUGAAGCAGAGAGUAUAAAGGAAGCCUUUCAACAUGUCAGGGUCCAAAAAAGUCAACACCAACAAAGCUAUAGAUGGCAGACAGGUGAUAAUGUUGAGCUUUGGGAUCUGGGCAGUGAGGAUAUGUCUGAAUAUGAGGAGAGUGAUCUGGAGUCUGCAUUCAGAAGCCCUGGAGGGAGAAGCUGCCAGUCACCAUCACAAGAUGAACAAGCAGAGUCUGGGAUAGUAAUUAAUGAGAAUUCAGUCUUUCCUCAUCAAGUUGAGAAUCCAUCCAGAACCUUGAAUGCUCAGGGCAAAUUAGAGGAAGCUUGUGAAGGAUUUUUACAGAAACAGUUCCCUGAAGAUGCAGGAUCAGGUGUUCAGGGUUCAGGAGAAAAAAUGCUAUUCUGCAGCACAACAGCGCAGAACUCUGGCAAUAACACACAAGGACUGAAUCAACUUAUCCAUGUGCCUGUAGCAAGUGUUGAAGCAGCGCAAGAAGGGAUACUGUGGGAGCCGCGGGAAGAUCGCAAAGAAAAAGAUGUAUCAGUGACAGACAUUCAGGAUUUGUCGAGUAUCCCCUACGAGCCGGAGAACUACUACGGAGAUACGGAUUGUAAAACGCCCCGCGUGAGUCGCACACCGAGCGUCAGCACCCCGCUCAGCUCAGAAGGAAAAAUUCCAAUAGCCUUUGAGAAAUGCAAACACCUCCAUGAAGUAGCUUCAGAUAAUUCCUUUUGUGGUUCUCCAGAACUUUCCUCUGCAGCAUCCAGGACAUUUGCUACAGCCUAUGAAGAAGAAAGGAACACCGAACUCCCCUCUGCUUCAGGAGUUUGCUCAUCUGAAUUGAAUAAGCCAGAGGGGUUGCCAGUAGUUGCUCCAACCUUGAGAAGCACCAGGAAGGCAUCUGCGCUCUCGCAGGCAUCCAAGCACUGCACUGAUGAGCUGCCUCCACCAGCCCGAGAGCUGCUGGAUGAAAUUGAAUAUUUAAAGCAGCAAGAAUCCAUCACUCGAGACUUUAAAGAGACGGGAUUGUAUGACUGCAGGGUGCAAAUAAAUGUUCCCGAUCAAAUGCAAAUGGAAGACAGAGAGUCAAAAAAAGAAUCUGAGAGAAAUGAGAAGAGAAAUGAGAGUUUAUGGACAAAGGAGUCAUUUCAUCUAGCAGAGGAAACAGAAAGCAGGGCUCACUCCACUCUUGAUGAUGUUUUAGAACGAAUGCUCCACUCAGUUCCUGGAGAUGAGGAGAUCCAAGAACAACCUCAGGGACACACUCUUGGGGCUGCAAGCCUGCGAGAUCUGGAAGAUGCUGGAAGGAAGAAGGGAGUAGAGGAAGGUGGAGCCGGGGCCCGAGGCGGAGCACUGGAACGCCGCGCAGGGAGUUCAGAAGACAGGCAUCCUGAAGAUCAGAAAUUCCACUUACAGAAACAGCUGACUUCAUCUUCACCGUUCAGGAUAAUUGUUUUGGACCAGAGCUCUCCUGCCUGAUUAACAUGGAUAGUGAAUAAGUUCUAAUGCAGCACCUGCUUACUGCUGCUUGUACAGUAUAUGCAGCCUGUGAAUUGCAGCCCUUUCUGACCACGUAAAAAUUGUGACGCUCAGACUUCCUUGGACUGCAGCAGCGAGUACGGAAGAAAAUCCAAUGACUGACUCUGUCACACAGUCUGAACUGGUUUUACACCAUCAUUGCAUGUGAAGGCAGCAUCAGUAAUGUUGCAGAAUUGGACUGUUUGCUGGAUACGACACUGGCCGGUGGGGUUUUGUUCUGCGCAUACACGCUUUCAUAAGCAAAAUAAUUUCUUGCUCUGUUGCAUUAUGCAGUUUUCAGUGUUACAGACAAAAUGAUUGUAAUUCUGUGGGCUGCGGUUUCUGCUCAGGCUCUUGUUAAAUUUUUCCAUGCUGGAGUGCAGAGUGCUGCGACAGCCCAUGUAGUGUCUGUUUUUCCUUGCUCAUUAAAUUUAACAAGGUAAUUUCUUGUUUUCUCUUUUCUUAGUGCUUUUGUGAUCUAGUGUUGAACUGAUUUGACUGAUUAAGGGGAUUAAUUGCUGUGCAGAAAGCUAAUGAGAAAAAGACAGUGUUCUCCAGAGAUUGCAAGUGCAGCAAUAAAUUCCCUGCCAGCAUUAGACAAGAAUGUGAGAAAACCUCAUUAGUAUUACAAAGAUACCUGUUGUUCGGUUAAACCACACUUUUGGUCAGCCGCAUCCAAAACAAAAACCAAAGUAUGUGGAUAUAAUAGAGCUUUGGGUCAGGAUCUGGAUGGGCACAGCAAUUUCACGUUUAACUUUUCUUGUGAUAGAUACUGUUCAGGUGCAGGAGGUGUGAGGUUUGUCCUUGUCCCUUUUUAACAGACACUGAUUUUAGUGCCUUCGUACAGCUGGGUGUUAACCGUGUGAAGGGAAAUUCCACCUGUCUGUAACUGUUAGUUAAUUCAGUUUAAUGACACUAAUAAAAGUUUUCAAGGUUA